AUGAAUCCAAUGUGGAAGGUUUAUAAGAGCAAAGUGCUGAAGACACUUAACCCUGAGUAUGAGGAGGACACUGCUGAAGAGGUCACAGGAGUGGAGAAUGAUAUGAGUCCGGUGCAGGAAGAUGAGGGGCCCAACGCUGUUUCCCAAUUGGCCAGGAAAAUGCAGGGGGCCGGGGCCAAAAGCUGGAACAGACUAUCAGCUCUCUUCAACAAAGAAGAUGAACACCAGCUUCUAGAGGAGACUGAGAGCCCACCGGUCGCUGACCAUCCACUUGCAGUAAAGCCAGAGGAGCCUCCUCGACCCACCAGGCGCACAGGAUUCUGGGAUAGCUUUGCAGCCAACUGGGCUGCCAAGAAACAGGCCGAAGCCGCAGCCGCUGCUGCGGCGGCAAAUGAGGCAGCAGCAGGCCAAGGUGAGGAGGGGGUGACAGAGGCCGGAGGGGUGGAGAACCAGGAUGGGCAGGUCACUGAGGGAGAGGAGAGUGAAGGAGGCGGAGGAGGAAGGAGCAACAACAGCUUCUCCAAAUACGUUUCACUGGGGGGAGGCAGCGAGGACGCAGCCUUCAAGUGGAACUUUGUUACCAGCAAACUGGCAGAUCUGAAGACCAAGAGCAUGACCAAGACCAAUUAGCUGCUCGUGAA